AUGACGGGUGAGUGUUGUCGACGGCGGCUCUAGCAUUCCACCGCGGCGGAGAUAGUGGUUGCCUCGCGCUCGUUCGCUCCUCUUACGUUGUCAGCGCAUCAUAGCUGCUGACACAGUUGACAUUGGGAAUUACCCGCGAUAAAGUGGCCGCGCACCACGCUAAGCGUUCGCCAAUGUUGAAAUGAAGCAGAAGCGCGUCAUGUAUGGCGACGCGCGUAAACGGUGCGAAAGACAGACGCAGUUCGCCCUGCACGGGCCCUGCCUACCCGCGGACUAAUGAUCAAUGGCUUUAUUCGAGAAGAGAUACACGAAUAAAGUGCUGUUAGAUGAUACGGAGCAGCUGACGAGCGUUAUCGAAAAUGCUAGGACCAUCGACGGACAUACGGAAUACGUUAUAAAAACACAGAGAGGCCCGCUUCCCGAAAGAUCUUGGCGAGUGAGUAGACGUUACAAUGACUUCGUACAGCUCAAUACAGCUCUAUCCAUAUCUGGCUUCGACCUGCCACUACCACCAAAACGAAUUAUCGGUAAUAUGGAACCAGACUUUAUAGCUCAGCGACAAAUAGCACUACAGAAUUAUCUAAACAUAGUACUAAUGAAUCCUAUACUAGCAUCUUCGCUUCCUAUGAAAAGGUUUUUAGACCCUGAAAAUUAUACAGCACCGUUACAUGAAAUCGCAUUGCAACAAGUGUCACUAGCGCUGCGGAGUGACGCGAAUUAUGAAGUAUGCAAGCCCAUCCCUGACAUGGGAUGGCGAUUAAGAAAGCAUUACUAUACCGUAAAGAAUAGGCAGAACCCUAAGCAGGAGCUUCUCUUGGCCUGGGUUGAAUUCGGUCCUGAUAAACAUUUGCAAGACAAAGAUAUACAAGGGGUUUUUAAGACUCUAGGCUCUCUACGGCAUACUUACAUCGAACCGAUGGUGCAUCAGCACGUCACGGACAACGGGGCACUAAUAAUAAGGAACUUCUAUCCGGCCGGCACACUGCACGACAUUCUGUGCGUUACCAAGCCUAAGCAACCGUUCAUAAAGAAAUAUGGAAAUCCGAAGCAAAUAAAAUCGUUAGUCACGUCGGAAGUCGCCACAUACGGUUAUCAGAUAUUGGAAGCUCUAGGAUACCUUCAUGAGAAAGGAUUACCUUACGGACAUUUACAUACUGGUAAUAUACUCUUAACUCAGAGGUGCGCCAAAUUAUUGGAUAUAGAAAAUGGAUUGCUCGGGUUGCCAGCAUUUUACCGGCCUUACGUAGUGCAGAGGCGCAAACUACAUGCCACGACCCAAGUUGACGUGUAUUCAUUCGGGCACGUUUUGUACGAGAUGGCAUUCGGACGGCCACUUUUGGAGGCUACGUGCUCCGAGUUGCCGCACUGCGACGCGAGCUUAAAAAAUUUGUUGGAAGUGAUCCUAUCGCCGGAAGCUCUAAAGCAAGAUCUGCCGAUGGUGGCUCGGCUACUGGAGCAUCCAUUUUUCGAAUCGGCAAGGCGCACUGCGUUGGCCAUCGGCGCCGUGGAAAAGCCACACUUCAAAUUGAGCAAUCAUCUGAAGGAAGCCUUGCAGGAAGCUGUAAAUAAAGCCGAGCAACGACUGCGAGACGAACAGAAAGUCGCCCGGCACCAGAAGAGGCUCGUCAAGGUUCAAGAGAUGAUGAGCUCCGAAGAAGAGAUGAAGAAACGAAAACAUAAAUUGAAGAAGGAGCAGAAACUGGCGCAAGAACAACGUUCCGCGUCGCAGCUGGGCACAAACGGCACGAAACAAGUGAACGGUAAGAGUCCGGAACGCUCGGACAGCCCGACAAGUACUUCCACGGCUACCAGCGUUGGAACGUUAACUCCCCCGUCGCUUCGUUCCGUGGAUAUUCCGCAUGGAGAUGCAGCUCCUGGCAAGGCCGUUCCACCACCUCCCACGCUGCCACCGUCGUCUGAAGCAUCCGGUGGUGCGUCGAACAGUGUAUCAAAAUCGACGAAUGAGCGCGCCGCUCUGCUCGGUAGCAUCUGCAAUUUCGACAAGACCAGGCUGCGGAGGAUUGCAAAUGGAAAUCGUUAGGUGCGUUAGAUAGAUAGACAGAUGUAAAAAGAGGCCACCGUGCAAGGAAAAUUUCGCCGGUGCGACAAUUAUACCACGAACAAAGAACUGCUAAAUUAGAACAAACGGUGUAUACCUGUAGAUUAUUGCGUUGGAUGCAGAGGGAUCGUCCGGAUGAAUAGCUUCGUCGUGCUUCUUGUGACUCCUAAUGGUACUGAGUAACUUUCAUUUCGAUCGCGACACUUGUAUCUUUUACGAACUUCGAAGAUUCAAUAUAUUAUUUAUAGAUGCUCGCGCAACGUAAAUACGUGCGGUUUUGUAGCUUAUACGAUUAAAUUAAAAGUACAAUAUAUCAGAUUUGUGAUAUAUAUAUAUACACACACACACAAUAUGCAUACAUAUAUACAUGUGCAUACACACACACACACACACACACACAUACUGAUCCAUUUUAGCGUCUGGCCUACGUUUAUAUGAGAUAUAAUACAUAAUGCUUGCUUCACUGUAUUAGACCUGCCGUCCAGGAACGAGCCUAAAACGAACGGAAACAACAAAUCAAAAUACCAAAAUGCUUCUGAAAAUUUGCCACUUUAUGAAUCGUCCUAUAUCGUAUUCUUCCCGUAUGUGUAACUAUAUAUACGUUUUAGGGAUUACUUAAAGAUAUAUACCGUUAAUAUAUGGGACGUACAGUAAUCUAUGUUGGGAGCAAUCUGAAAAGUUUUUAAAUUUAUUUCGAUUGUUUGUCAUCACGACAGAUUAAAAUCAAGCGCGUGUAAUACUUCGAGAGAAAUCACGUUUUUCUAGUCCAACACAUAUCUCGGUCUUGCACAACCAAUCUAUAUAGCACCAUAGAAUUUUAUUAGAUCUGAUUAUAUGUAUCUGGUUGAAAUACGAGCCAAGUUUCGCGAUCGAUUUAUAACUUAUUAUUAUUAUUAUUAUUAUUAUUAUUAUUAGUCGCGCCUGGCUCGUUUACUUUUUUUUUCCUUUCAUGUAAAUAUUAAAUUUGUUUGAAUAUAAAAAAAAAUAAAGAAAAAAAGUGAUAUACAAUGGAGUGAUAGUACUACGUAUGCAUAUUAAAUGAAUUUUCUCUCGUUAUACUUAUAUCUACUGUUCUGUCUAUACAAAGUUUAUGAUAUAUACAUAAUAUAUAUAUAUAUAUAUAUAUAUAUAAAUAUAUAAAUAUAUGAACGCGCAUAUAUAGUUCUCGUUCGUGUUCGCGCGGCACAAUGCGAGGAUCGUACGCCGCUUUUGUAUCGCUCGUAAAACCGGACUGUUCAGUCUUACGAAUUAAAAACGUGCCAAGGGAUAUACGAUCUUCGUAUUGACAGAUAAUAUGACACCGGUAGGCUAUAGUGUGAUCUAUUUCUAUAUGUCGAGAGAACACAAUCAAGUACAUGUCUCAUAUAACGUUUGUCUGUGGAUGCUAUAACGAUAAUUGUAACAUAAUUACACGUUUUAAUACACUUACCACUGUCUUAGGUAUGUAUAUGACAACAGUGUGACAUUAUUCUCGUCGAAUAUGACCGUCUGGUGUAUAUCAUAACGACAAAAAACGUGUAUUAAUGAUAAAAUGGAAAUAGAAUAUUGACCGUUCGAUCGUAAUCUGCCGUUCGGGUUCACCGUAUUAAUGAUAUUCGUUUCUAAAAAUUUGCUCGCAUAUCUAAGUAAAAAAAAAAAAUUAAAUGAAAAGGAAAAAAUAAGUAAAAAUAUUAUAUCAUGAAAUAUUUUAUAUUAAACAAAAUUUGAGACAUACACAUGACAACACCAUGUUAUAUUGUCAGAAUCUAUUAUUAUCUGUGAUGUGUGUUCACACGUAAAAUUAUUUAAAAUUGUUGAUAUCGAUCUAACAGGCCCGAAUGAUAGAUACAGAAUUAGCAUUUACCGACAACAAAAGUACUAUUCUUUUAUUAUUAUAAAUUCUGUUUAUGCACGUAGUAAUAAAAAUUUUAGAACCAAUGAACAUACCAAACUCUUAGAGUCCUUUGAGAAUAGCAGGUUUCCGAUGCGUUAUUUUAGAUUUCGCCUUGUAGAGAGGCUCACAUAAUGGCUUAUGUAUUUGUACAAUACAAUUAGUGUAUAUAGCAUGCAGAAACUGUACAAGGACCUUAUUCUAGAGAAGGGAACAAAUUUUGCGUUUAUUGAUAAUAAGAGAAACAUCGAGACAGCAAUCAAACAAACAAGACAAAUUUUAUUUCAUGAAAGAGAGACGCUAUUUUAAUACUUAAUAAUAUAUCCAACAAAAGUAUAUAAUACAUAUACAAAUUUAUAUAUCACGUUCAGGUAGCCCAAAAUUUUGAUAGCAGUUCAUGUAUUAUACGUACAGUAUAAAAGUAUAUGUAUUAACAUACACGUGCGAGUAUGGGAACGCGUGUAAAUACGCGAUUGUCAUCGUGACAGUUCUUUAGGGCCCCUAAAUAAUUGCAAUAAAUAUUCAAAAAGAGAAAAAUGAAUCACGUAAUUGGCCAACGAUGUCGUGUCGUUUUCGUUACGAAUAUUUACAAAUGAAAUAAUGUUUUCUUUUUCGUCUGUGCUUUACUCGCUAAAAUAUGCUUCUCAUGCGAUACUUUAUAUGUAAAUUCACACAUCGUAUCAUUGUAGAAACAGUGCACAAACAUCCUAAUUAUAAUACAUAAGACACGCUGUA